GUCUCGGAGGCUAAAAAUAGCGUUUAAUUUUUUAAUUUUUAUUUAUUUUUUAUUUUUGGAUGCAGCCAUGCCUACUAACUCCGUGAGGCGAUACUGUGUUUCAGCACAAAACAAACAGGAGCACUGGACAAGUUAAGUAUUGGACGGACUUCCAAACGCAGUUAGCACCUUAAGCUAAUUAAUUCAACGAGUUAAGAUUAAAAAAAAGAAAAUCUCCAAAACUGGUUCUAACAUGUCGGACGUAGUUUCUAAACCACACUGUUCUAGUGUCAGUCUAUUAGUAGUAUCACCUGUAUCUAACCCUCAGGGUCUUUUUAUGGGGUAAUCCAAGUUAAGAAGAAGUCUGGUUUUACCUUUAAGCCCCUUUCACACAGCCUAGAAAAGCUGGCACUUCCUACCUUUUUCCGUAUGGUCAUUGACCAUACAACUUCGGAAGCGGUAUCAGGAGAUUCUUCCACAAGGAGAUUCCCAAAAAUGAGCAGAAUCGGAGUAAUAAAAGAAAAUCCAGCAUGUAUCCGCUUGUGCCUUUCCCACAGAACUCAGCAAAGAGACAUUUGAAGGAACUGAACUGACUGUUUUCCUUUCUGUUUCAUUGUCACAUGGAAGUCGACACAGCAACAUUCCAACUCCAGCGGCGUGGACGCCUGCCAUAGCGGCUCAAGUGUUCACUGAGAGGGGAAGCAUGCUUGGAUCCCAAACGGCCCGCGACUGCUGAGGAGGACCUCCGUGCAGGCUCAGGCUGGCUGCAGAGGAGGAGGAGCUUCCUGAUCCAUGGAGAAUUAUUUUCAAGCAGAGGCCUUCAACCUGGACAAGGUGUUAGACGAGUUUGAGCAGAACGAAGAUGAGACCGACUCUCCUCUUCUCUCGGACGCCAAGUGGACUCAGAUUCUGGCCCCACCUGCCCACCUGCUCUCGCUAAACCCCGCCCUGGCCCACGCUGACUUCAGCCCCCUGGAGAGUCCGCAGCCGCUCAAGACCUUCCCGGAUCGCAAAAGACCAACGGGCGGCGAGCCGGCCGAUGUCCACAGCCCGCCCCUGCCGCAGCCCAACAUCGGCAAAUUGGUGGGGACGGACAGCCGAUCGCCGCCGCCCGUCACGGCCUGCGAGGAGCAGCGAGGGGACGCCUCCGCCGCGUCCCGCUUCACCUUCGAGGUGGGACUAGAGCAAGAAGGGGCUCCCGCCGAGAAAGUUCAUCCGCACGUGGAGCCCACGACAUUGAACGGAGAAGGCUGUUCGGCGGACUUUGAACAAGAAAGACACAGUGGCGAGCUGGUAGAAAGUCUUCUGAAUGGUGGGGUGGGUUGUUGCUCCGUGUCUCGACUUGAGUCUGAGCAGCUCCUUCCCAACGGCUUGCAACCCGAGGACGGGAGCCGCCUAAACGUACUGGACGAUGAAGCGGGGGAGAGAUUCUCUCCCUCGCCCGUGCCCUCCAAGGAAGACUCUGUGACAGAGGAGAAAGAGAUGGAGGAGAGCAAGCAGGAGAGCGCUGACGUGGCGGCGUCAGGCGGUAUUCGAACGAAACUGAACAACAGCCGUCUGCAGCCGGUCAGCGUCCCCUAUGGCGGGGCGCGACCCAAGCAGCCCGUCAGCCUCAAACUCCAAAUCCCGCAGCCUCUGGCGGGUCAGGUGCAGAAUCAGCUCAGUAGCAAGAACAAGAACCUGGACGGCCGCAGGGCGCCGCCGCCCGAAACGACGCACGGCAGGACCGAGGCGCCUUUGGCGGUGAACGGCGUCGAGGUCCUCCCGAAUCCCCCUCUCGCGUUGUGCUCGGAGAGUCCGGACAACGAUCUUCAGGCAGGACAGCAACACGGUUCCAUCGGCGGGAAGUCCCCAAGCUCGCUGGGUGAGGUGGCUCCCGUGUGGGUGCCCGACGCACAGGCCCCCGCCUGCAUGAGGUGCGACGCCAAGUUCACGUUCACCAAGAGGAGGCACCACUGCAGGGCCUGUGGCAAGGUGUUCUGUGCCACGUGCUGCGGCCUGAGAUGCAAAUUGGGAUACAUGGACGGGAAGGAGGCUCGCGUCUGCGUCACCUGUCAUUCGGGUCUAACCAGCGGUGAGCGCGGAACAUCGUUUGAAGCCGUUCCCAACGGGCUUAAUUUGUCCACAUCUCCGACGCUGUCGGAUUCUCAGGUCACGGUCGGCAACAAUCAGAGUCCCAACCCCAACAACCCGGCCGAAUACUGCUCCACCAUCCCCCCCCUGCAACAGGCCCAGGCCUCGGGCGUUCUCGGCUCGCCGCCGCCUACCGUCAUGGUGCCGGUGGGUCUCCUCAAGCCGCCUGGCAACGAGGGAUCUCUUACACGGGAGCAGAGAAGGGUGUGGUUUGCGGACGGCGUCCUACCAAAUGGCGACGAGGCAGAGUCCCCGAAAGCUCCUGUGCUCUCAACGAAUGCAAACAAAACCUCGGGAUCGGAUGGUGUCGAGGCGGUGCCCGCCCCUAUGGGUCCGCUGGGCAGUCCGCUGGGCAGUGCCCUCAGCUUGAUCCCCGAGGACGGACUCCCUCCCAUCCUCAUCUCCACUGGAGUCAAAGGAGGUACGGGAGGCCACAUCACAGACUAUGCAGUGGAGGAGCGUCCGUCGGCGAUGGUCCUCAUGCAGCAGCUGGAGGAGGGAGGCCCUGACCCGCUGGUCUUUGUUCUCAAUGCUAACCUGCUCGCCAUGGUCAAGCUUGUCAACUAUGUCAACAGGAAGUGCUGGUACAUGACAACAAAGGGUAUGCAUGCCGUAGGCCAGGCCGAGGUGGUGGUUCUGCUCCAGUGUCUACCUGACGAGAAGACCAUCCCAAAGGACAUCUUCAAACACUUUGUGCAGCUCUACCAGGAGGCCCUCAGCGGCAACGUGCUGGGCCACCUGAGCCACUCCUUCUUCACGCAGAGCUUCCUGGGCAGCAGGGAGCACGGCGGCUUCCUCUACGUAAACCCCACCUUCCAGUCCCUGCAGGACCUACUGCUGCCCAACCCGCCUUUCCUCUUCGGCAUACUCAUCCAGAAAUGGGAAACACCCUGGGCCAAGGUCUUCCCCAUCCGCCUCAUGCUGCGGUUGGGCGCCGAGUACCGAUUUUACCCGUGCCCGCUGUUCAGCGUGCGCUUCCGGAAGCCGCUCUUUGGCGAGACUGGUCACACCAUCAUGAAUCUGCUGGCUGACUUUCGCAACUACCAGUACUCGCUGCCGAUGGUCAAAGGCUUGGUGGUGGACAUGGCGGUGAAGAAGACAAGCAUCAAGAUCCCCAGCAACCGCUACAACGAGCUGAUGAAGGCCAUGAACAAGUCCAACGAGCACGUGCUGGCAAUGGGCGCGUGCUUCAACGAGCGUGCCGACUCGCACUUGGUGUGCGUGCAGAACGACGACGGCAACUACCAGACGCAGGCCAUCAGCAUCCAUCAUCAGCCGCGAAAAGUGACGGGCGCAUGUUUCUUCGUGUUCAGCGGAGCCCUGAAGGCUUCGUCGGGCUUCUUGGCCAAAACUAGCAUUGUAGAAGAUGGUGUAUUGAUCCAAAUCACGGCAGAGACAAUGGACGCUCUACGGCAAGCACUGAAGGAUAUGAAGGACUUCACCAUCACAUGCGGUAAAGCAGAGCAAGAGGACAACCAGGACUUAGUGCAUGUCCAGUGGACAGAUGACGACCAUGACUUCAAUAAGGGUGUUAUCAGUCCUAUCGACGGCAAGUCGAUGGAGUCCAUAGCCAGCGUGAAGAUUUUCCACGGCUCCGAGUUCAAGGCCAACGGCAAAGUGAUCCGCUGGACAGAGGUGUUUUUCCUCCAGAGCGACGAUCAGCCCAACGGCCUGAGCGACCCGGCCGACCACAGCCGCCUGACAGAAAACGUGGCGCGAGCCUUCUGCAUGGCGCUGUGCCCGCACCUCAAGCUGCUCAAGGAGGACGGCAUGGCCAAGCUGGGCCUGCGCGUCACGCUCGACUCAGACCAGGUGGGUUACCUGGCAGGGAGCAACGGGCAGCCUCUUCCUCCUACGUACCUGAGCGACCUGGAUAGCGCGCUAAUUCCCGUCAUCCACGGCGGGGCCUGCCUGCUCAGCGAGGGCCCUGUGGUCAUGGAGCUGGUUUUCUACAUCCUGGAGAUCAUCUCCUAAAAACUCAAGGUGGCUUUUCCAAAUGUGAGUUGAGUCCGAUUUGACUGUCAGGUGGCGUCAUGUAGCUCCAAAGACUUAUGGCGAAGCACUUCGACCUUGCUGACUACAGCAGAUGCACCAGAUGCCCUUUUUUAUUUUAUCCCCCCCCCCCCCCCCCCCCCUUGCACCCGGUGCUCAGUGCCUGCUUUUUUGGGUUGAUUUCAUCGCAAAAGCUUUACCACUCAAUCACCACAUGCAUUGACUCUAUGUACAUUUUGUAUGUGUGUUGGCAGAAGAAGCAGUUUGUAGCCUCCAGAGAUUACACACGCACACACAUACAUACACAAACACACACAAAACAAUCACAACAAUGCUGAUGAUUAGUACUUUCCAAUGCUUUAUUACUCAUCAGCCGUUUGGAGGGAAAAAGCGAGACAAACACUGUUUCGAUGUCUUAAUCACAAAGAUGUAAAAAAUAUAUACAUAUAUCUAUAUAUAUAUAUAAAAAAAAUGAAAUAAAAUGCAGAAACAGUGCACUGGAUUCUAAGCCAUCUCUGGGAGUGUUUGUGAAGCUGUAAGACGAAGCUUGAAUGUGUUGUAUAGUUUAUGGAAAGUUCGUCUGCCCUGCGACAUGGACCUGGCUGAAACGCUGUGAGAAUGUAUCCCUUACCUUUUUAUGUUUCUGUACAGCUUCCAUCUUGAGAAGGACUUUAUUAAAGCCAAAUUGCCGUCAGAAUCUCCA